UGUGCCCCCGGUACUCCUGGAGAAGCUGUCAGGACUGGUGCUGGCUUUCUUACUGUGAAAACAGCAGGUUUGGUGAUCCGCUAGCAUGGACCAAGCUCCGCGGUGCCUGCGUCCUCGCUUGUGUGCCUCUGCCCGGGUGCUGCUUCGGGGAUCCCCUGGUUGGCGAGAGUGAUCAUCUGGGUCCAAAACUCCAGCUGCUUUUACAUGAAAGACCUUCAGCAGCUCUCCUGAUACUCUCUUUUUGGGCCUCUCCAUUCUUCAUCACUAAAGGGCUGCUAAUGGAUUAAGGACGAAGUUACACUGAGAGAGACAUUACUGCCUUCUAGAAAUACUGCAUCGCUUAAUUUUAAGCAAGCAUGUGACCUUCUGCUCCACUGCCACAGCAAAAGAAAGCGGUUAAAUGAGUCAACGGUGUUCACGCCCGCGGUGCCCCCAGCAGCGGCAGAGCCGGAGGGAGGCUGCGAGAACGUUCGAGCCGUGUUUCUCGAACAAUUGUAAGCAGACCCAUGGCAAUGCAAGCACAUAAACCUGCCCCAGCACCUGGAUUUUCAAACGUUAGCUAUGCGCCAGGAAAUCAAGUUCACUAUGACUACCCACAGCAUGCACCUGGGACUUACCAAGGUUUCACAGGUGCAGGGAGCUAUGGCUUCCACGGACAGGCCGUGGGAGUCCCAGCUGGACUUGCUGUUCCACCGAUCCAGAACCAGCCCAUCAUGAAGGAGGGGACAAUCUGGAUGCCCAUCCCUCCUCCUCUUCCCAACUGCCCUCCUGGACUGGAAUACCUCACACAGAUUGACCAGAUAUUAAUUCAUCAGCAAAUUGAACUUCUUGAGAUUUUGACUGGCUUUGAAACAAACAACAAAUACGAAAUCAAGAAUACGCUGGGGCAAAGGGUGUACUUUGCAGCAGAAGACACUGACUGCUGUACCAGGAAUUGCUGUGGGCCAUCACGACCCUUCACCCUCCGGAUUAUAGACAACCUGGGCCACGAGGUGAUAACGCUGCAGAGACCCCUCCGGUGUUCCUCAUGCUGCUUUCCGUGCUGCUUACAGGAGCUGGAAGUUCAGGCGCCUCCAGGAACACCAGUUGGUUACAUUGUCCAGAACUGGCAUCCCUGCCUGCCAAAGUUUACCAUUCAAGAUGAGAAAAGAAUGGAUGUACUGAAAAUUACUGGACCAUGUGUUGUCUGCAGCUGUUGGGCAGACAUUCAUUUUGAGGUGAAGUCUGUGGAUGAGACUUCUACUGUUGGGAGGAUUUCUAAGCAGUGGACUGGGUUUUUGAAAGAAGCCUUUACAGAUGCAGAUAACUUUGGAAUCACGUUCCCAAGGGACCUUGAUGUAAAAAUGAAAGCUGUCAUGAUUGGUGCUUGCUUCCUUAUCGACUUCAUGUUUUUUGAGCAUACUGGUGAUAACCAGCAGCGAACAGGAGUUUGGCAAUGAAAUCUAGAACUUUUAUAUAGAAGGAAGAAGAACAUAAAUCUCCGAACUUUCCAGUGGAUUGCAGAGCUCCAGUAAGAAUGUGAGAAAUAUACAUCUUGUGCUUGUAGUUAUAUUUCUAUAAGCGAAAAGCUUUAUGGUCUUUUUUUUUUUUUUUUGGUAAUCUGAUGAAAUAAUUUUUAGUAUUCAAAUAAGAACUCUUUUUCUGUACAGAUCAAUACUGUAAUUUACAGAAAUACAUAGCAACCUUUUUUUCCAAGAAAUUUGGAAUUGUAAAAUAACUACUUAUAGUUACUUUAAUUCCUAAAAAGAGGACUAUUUCUAUAUUCAGUAUUAGUAUAAGCAGUGAGCCUAAUAAAGAGGUCCCGAUCUUUGAUCUUUUCCUGUGUAUCCUCCUUUGGUAGUUUUGCCUUGGUGUUCACAUGCUGUUGUUUCCAACUUCUUAUCAAAGUUAUACAUUCAAAACAAAGUAAUCUAAGUGAACAGAACUAUCAGAAAUCACUGUAAAAUUGUAUUAAACUACUG